AAGGAACAACAAAAACGAAAGUGCAAGACGAGCCACUAAUGCUUGGAACAUCCAGGAAGAACAUGCCAACUCCCCCGCUAUCAGACCUACAAUCUCAACAAAUUUAUACAUCCCUCAAAUUUUAAUAUAAGUUUAGCGGUUUAGGUGUAAGUGGCUGAAAAUUAAAACUUCGACGUCAUCUGUCACAGGAACACUUCUCACGAUCUCUGAAACAUAUUUUUGAAAUUUGGUCUUAUGUUGAGAAACUUUUGAUUUUGUGUGUGAGAGAAAGAGGUGGUUGAUAUUUCUUUCACAAAAAUCAAAAGUUUCCCAAAAACAAGUUUCCUAGUGUGAACCUGGUCUUUCUUAACGGGUAUACUUUUUUCGACCAAAAGUCUAUUGUUCGAUUAUUUAUAGAACCCUACAAUCAAGAGUUUGUUUAAUAAAUUUUGCAGCGAUUUCCAAAUAAUGAAAUCGCUGAAAAUUACCAACACUGAUAAGCACAAAGUCAGAGACGGAACUGUCAACUUUGCAAUUAGAAAAGCAAUUAAUUCAAUGCAAACGUUUUUAAAUCUGUUUUUAAAUGUGAUACAUCAAUAAUAAUAUAAAUAAUAAAAUAUAUAAAUAAUAAAAUUAUAUGAAAAACGGCGUAUAUUUUGUAAAACUUAGCAGAAUCAUAAAAUUGACACUUUUGGAUGAAUAAGCUAUAUAUUCUAAGAAUUUGAUGUUUAAAAAAAAACACUAAAGAAGCAUUGAAAACAAGAAAGAAAAACGCUAAUUUAUUACUAAAAUCACUGAGUUGACAACGCUGGCCAGACAGACUGAUUUUUUCUCAAUUAUUAUUUUUCUUGCUAAAAAAAGUGAUAAGGACUCGAAAAAUGUAUUCAAGUUGUUUAAAAAAGUCAUAUUAAAUAAAAUACAGAUCUAAGUGGAUAGAAAUAAUCCAAAAUAAUUAGAAUAUUUUAAAAGAUAUAGAAAAAUGUGAAAAAAUAUUUGUAGACACUUCAGCAUUUCUGAAAAAAGGGUUGGAAAAAUUUUGUGGGUGGCGGGAGGUAUACAAAAAAUGAAUGAAAAGUUUGUGAAUUGUGAUUGAUAAAAAGUUUUUUAGAUACAAAUAUUGGAUAGAUAGAAAAUUUCGUCUUGCCCUUAAACAGGACAAGUAAUUUAAAAUGGGUACAAUAGCAUCAGUAUUGCAAUGGUCUUGCACAAAUUGCAAUGUUAUCAAUCCAACGGAAUCCUUAAAAUGUCUAAACUGUGGCACAGUGCGCAAGGUAUGUGAAGGCACUCUAAAGCAUUUAUCAGAUAGUGAUAGUUUGAGAAUAAGUAAAAAUUCAAAUAAUGGAGGGGGCAAGGAGCCAAGGAUACCGGGAGACAACAAGUCAACAACACUUGCCACUAAUAAACAUCAGCCACAACAAGAACAACAAAUACUGCCCCUUCAAGUUACACCCAUCUUAGCUCAAGCUCUUGAAAGGGAACGUGAUGAAACUUUGGCCAACAGGAAUGAAUACAAACGAGUUUAUAAGUCUCUACUGAGAGGUUGUCUUAAACGACCACAGCGUAAUCAACAAAAUUUACCAGCCAAUUGUGUGGACUGUGAAAAUACACGUAAAUACGUAAAAAAUUCAAUUGAACUAUUUCAUCAUUUUUCAAAUCCAUCAUUAAAUCGUCGUUGGAUAUGUGAUAGAUGUGAUACAGAUAAUAAUUCAGUUACAUGGCAUUGUCUGAUUUGUGAUACAGUCAGCUAUUUAGCACCGAUUUAUAAGGAAACCUUAAGUCAUCGUAAAUUACCGCCACAUCAUAAGCAAUCAAGUUUUGAAGGAGGACAAAAUUUUGACAACAAAUCGAAACGUAAUGCUAAAAAAGCUCCCUAUUUUCGUAGAACACAAAGCUUAACAACAGAAAAAUCAUUCUCAUGUCGCAGUUGUCAUAUAUGCUUUGUCAACAAUCGUAAAGAUAUUUUCAAUUUACCGGAAACAUUUAUGAAUAAAUAUUCUUCAAAUAGUGGAGCUCAAAGCUCAGAUGAAUUAUUUGGAAGUUCAUAUGGACAAUUGCCGCCACUACAACAACAGUCGUCAAGACGUUUAAAUCAAUUAGUUGGCGGUAAAGACACCAUCUGUCGAAAACAUAAUCUAAAUCAGAAUCGUGAACCAAAGUGUAAUUUCACUAUAACAACUUUGUCGCGCACCAAUAAGGCGGUAAAUGAUACUAAAAAGUUUACCAUACCACGUAACAGUGUGUUCAUUGCAGUCAAUGAUUGUUGGGCAACACAAGAAUUGGACUCUCAUAAAGGGGUGGUGGGUAGCUGUGGGAAAACUGGAGCCACUGUAAGCGCUAGCCUAGCCGCCACAGAUCUGUGCACUAUAUCAGGCGCUGUAGGUAGUGGUGGUGAUGAAAAAAGAAGACAUCGCCAGCCGGUUAUAAAGGCUGAGUCCCUGCCUCAAUAUUGUGAUAAAAACGAUAGUAUCGAACGGAAAUCCGUACAGAGGCGCAGUUCGAAUGAAAGCGCCGCUAUUGGUGGCAUAUGUUAUGCAACAUUUAGCAAAGGAAUGUAUAAACCACAGCAUAUUUAUGAGAAUGAUUGUAUCAUACAAAGAACGCCAUCAGCAGCGCCAAAUCGUGGAUGUGGUCCCUCAACAACAAAACCUUCUAGUUCGGUAUCGUUGCAAUGUACAGAUGUAUCGGAGGAUAGUGUCAGCAAUGGCACUGCAAUUGCUAGUGCUAACGCAACCAAUCAUCCAUUAUAUGCCGUGGUUAAUAAAAAUAACAAGACAAAGAAUAAACAAACCAGUGAAUUGAUCGCCGCAGCUGCUCUUUUGAAGCAACAGCAAACCGCUAACGAUUGCACACCAACGAAUAAUUUAUUGUUAAACAAUAACAACAAUACUACCAAUAGUAAUAGCAACAACAAUAUUAAAUUAAAGACAAAUAACCAUCCUUCCAGUUCUAUAACUUGUACUACUGCUGACAGUACGUCCGAUAUCAUGGGCAAUAUGUUGCAAAGCGAAUCCAACAUUCUAGAGGGGAAUAGCGGUGAACACCAUCAUCAUCAUCAGCAACAACAACAUCAUUACUUACAUCAGGGCUUAGCGCCCAACAAGGCUGCGCAAUCUUCAUUUGAUCCAAUGAUAACAACAACAUCUAUUACAGCCGAUAUGAGAAGCGACAGCAAUGCAGAACAUUCCAUAUAUGCCAAAGUAUGGAAAGGUCCACGCAAGACUAGUGAAUCUAAAAUAUCAAAUGCGCCGGCAUCUUCGUCAAAUCGUAUUGGUGAUAAUAAUAUAAGUGGAUCUGCUGCCGGUACCCGAACUGACAAUAAUUCAAUUCCAAAUUCACGUAGAAUGUGGACUUGUACAAACUGUUCCUAUGCAUACAAUCGUAUGUGGACUGAACGUUGCGAAAUUUGUGAAAAUCUGCGUACUCAACCCUCGUUAACUCAACCCAAUUUAAUAACAGUUACCAAAACAGAUACAGCAAUGACUGAAAAUAUACAGAGACCUAUCGAUACUUGGACAUGUAAGAAAUGUACUCUGGUCAACUCAAGUAAAGAUCAUGCCUGUAUCGUAUGCGGUGGUUCCAAAUUGAAGAGUAUUUCAUCUGUCGAAGACAUGACACUGCGUAAAGGAGAAUUUUGGACUUGCUCACAAUGUACUUUGAAGAAUUCACUGGCAUUUGGGGUGUGUAGCGCUUGUAAAGCUGUAAGAACACUGCCAAUUGAAAGUGAUAGAGAACGUAUUGUUGUUCCAAUACCUGAAGAAAUACAUCGCAGUAUGAAUCAUAUUGGUGCUAGUAAUGCUUUUAUUCCGGAUGCUAUUUCUCCGCCGUCUUCACAACAGCGAAUAAUGCCAGCCAGUGUUACGCCAACCACAAAUCUUCAACUUCCGCCUAUUCGCACUUCAAGAAGUCCCUCUCCACGACAAAAUCGUUCAGCUUCCGGAGCUAUUCCUAAACGACACAGUACGGGUGGAGGCGCGGGUAUUGUGUCACGAAAUACAACUCCUAUUGCCUCGACCUCUGGUAGCAAUAGCAGCAGUAGUAGUGCUAGUCAACAGAUAAAUAGACACAGUUCUAGUGGAAGUUCUGCUGCAAGUGGUUCUUUAAAAACUUGGCAGUGUCCAGCAUGCACGUAUGAAAAUUGCUCAGCCUCUGUGGUUUGUGAAAUGUGUUCUAGUCCUAGAGGUCUAGUUAAUAACAUUACCAAAAUGGCGUUGCUACAUAAAACUAAUAGACAUUCGGCGGAGUUGCAGCAGGAAAGCAAAUUAAUGGAGAACCUACGACGCAUUGAAGAGGCCGAGGCAUUGCAUAAGUGGGAAAAUAUAAUACAAUACUGCCGAGACAAUAAUGAACUCUUCGUAGAUGACUCAUUUCCUCCAGCACCUAAGAGUCUAUAUUACAACCCACAACAAAGUAUGGCCGAAGGUAAUCCAGUGGUACAAUGGCGUCGUCCUCACGAAAUCAACUGUGAUGGGGGAGCCUUUCCUCCUUGGGCGGUAUUUCGAACACCAUUGCCUUCAGACAUUUGUCAAGGAGUUUUGGGAAACUGUUGGCUUUUGAGUGCACUGGCUGUGUUGGCGGAACGUGAAGAUCUUGUGAGAGAAGUUUUAGUAACAAAAGAGAUAUGUCCCCAGGGAGCUUAUCAAGUGCGCCUGUGCAAGGAUGGUAAAUGGACAACGGUGCUAGUGGAUGAUCUUUUGCCAUGUGAUAAGCGCGGCCAUCUAGUAUACUCGCAAGCUAAACGCAAGCAACUCUGGGUGCCACUUAUCGAAAAGGCAGUUGCGAAAAUUCAUGGCUGUUAUGAAGCUUUGGUGUCAGGGCGGGCCAUUGAAGGUUUGGCCACAUUAACGGGCGCUCCUUGCGAAAGCAUACCACUCCAGGCUAGUUCGCUGCCCAUGCCCAGUGAAGAUGAGCUAGAUAAAGAUCUUAUAUGGGCUCAGUUGCUAAGCUCACGCGGUGUGCGUUUUCUCAUGGGUGCCAGUUGUGGCGGUGGCAAUAUGAAAGUAGAUGAAGAUGAGUACCAUCGCAAAGGUCUCAGACCACGCCAUGCAUAUUCCGUUCUCGAUGUAAAGGAUAUUCAUGGUCACCGUUUAUUGAAAUUGCGCAAUCCAUGGGGUCAUUUUUCGUGGCGCGGUGAUUGGUCAGAUGAUUCUGACUUAUGGACUGAAGAAUUACGUGAGUCUCUAAUGCCACAUGGAGCAUCAGAAGGCGUUUUUUGGAUUUCAUUUGAAGAUGUGUUGAAUUACUUUGACUGCAUUGAUAUUUGCAAAGUACGUUCGGGGUGGAAUGAAGUACGCUUGAAGGGUACUCUUCAACCAUUGUGUUCAAUGUCAUGUGUUUUGCUAACCGUCUUAGAACCAACCGAAGCAGAGUUCACACUCUUCCAAGAGGGCCAAAGAAAUUCAGAAAAAUCACAACGUUCCCAAUUGGAUUUGUGUGUGGUAAUAUUUCGUACACGGUCUCCGGCAUCUCCUGAAAUCGGACGAUUAGUGGAGCACAGUAAACGUCAGGUUCGAGGUUUUGUUGGUUGCCAUAAAAUGCUGGAACGUGACAUUUAUUUAUUAGUUUGUUUGGCAUUUAAUCAUUGGCAUACUGGACUGGAGGAUCCUCACCAGUAUCCACGCUGUAUUUUAGCUAUCCACAGUUCAAAGCGUUUGCUUGUCGAACAAAUAACACCACCACCUCAUCUCUUGGCAGAUGCCAUCAUCAGUUUAACUCUAACGAAAGGACAACGUCACGAAGGUCGCGAAGGAAUGACAGCAUAUUACUUAACAAAGGGUUGGGCAGGACUUGUGGUAAUGGUCGAAAAUCGUCAUGAAAAUAAAUGGAUACAUGUCAAGUGUGAUUGCCAGGAAAGUUACAAUGUUGUCUCUACCAGAGGUGAAUUAAAAACAGUUGAUUCUGUGCCUCCACUUCAAAGACAAGUUAUCAUUGUACUCACACAGUUAGAAGGUAGUGGUGGUUUUAGUAUUGCCCACCGUCUUACACAUCGAUUAGCAAACUCUCGUGGUCUUCAUGACUGGGGUCCUCCAGGAGCAACACAUUGUCCUCCAAUUGAAAGUGUACAUGGCUUGCAUGCGCCUCGUCUAAUAACAUAAAUGGGGCAAUUUCCAAACCAAAAUCUUAUUAAGAUCACCAAACAUUCUAGUCGUCGUUGCUAUUGUCAUAAUUAAUUAGUUAUUUAAUUAAUUAUUGCAAGCACUCACACACACACAGACCCACAACAUACAUACAACAUAAUUUUACUAAAUCUCAUAUUUAAAUACAUUUUCCAAAGAAAACAAUUAAAAAAAAAACAAAUAAUGAUAAAAAUGGAAAUUCUUAGUGUACGUAUUUGAUUAUAAAUGUAGGUAUAUGCUCUAUGAUAUUAUUAUUAUUAUGUAUUACGAUUAUUAUUUAAUAAUAUUUUUAUUUAUUUUUAUUUAAAAAAGUGUAAGUACAUUAUGUUAAGUGCAUAUU